GGGGGCUCCGUCGCCACCGCGGCCGGGGGCUCCGUCGCCACCGCGGCCGGGGGCUCCGUCGCCACCGCGGCCGGGCAGAAGCGGCCGCGUCCCGAGCCCACCCCGCUCAUCGGCACCCACGACGGCACCUUCCACUGCGACGAGGCACUCGCGUGUUUCCUGCUGCGGCUCCUGCCCCGCUACCGGGACGCGGAGGUGGUGCGGACGCGGGACCCCCAGCGCCUGGCCCAGUGUGACGUGGUGGUGGACGUGGGGGGCGAGUACGACCCCGAGCGGCACCGCUACGACCACCACCAGAGGUCCUUCACAGAGUCCAUGAGGAGCCUCCGGCCCGACAAGCCCUGGAGCACGAAGCUGAGCAGCGCCGGGCUGGUCUAUUGUCACUUCGGCUCCCAGAUCCUGGCGGCGCUCCUGGGGCAGCCGGAGGACGGGCCCGUGGUCACGGCGCUCUACGAUAAGCUCUACGAGAACUUUGUGGAGGAGAUCGACGCCAUCGACAACGGGAUCGCGCAAGCGGAGGGGGAGCCCCGCUACGCCCUCACCACCACCCUGAGCGCCCGCGUGGGGCACCUGAACCCCCGCUGGAACGACCCCGACCAGGACACCGAGGCGGGGUUCAGGCGGGCGAUGGAGCUGGUGGGGAGUGAGUUCCUGGACCGGCUCGACUUCUACCACCGGGCCUGGCUGCCGGCACGGGCGCUGGUGGAAGAGGCCGUUCGGCGCCGCUUCGAGGUGGACUCGAGUGGGCAGGUGCUGGAGCUGCCUCAGGGUGGCUGCCCCUGGAAGGAGCACCUUUUCCAGCUGGAGAAGGAGCUGGCCCUGCCCAGGCCACUCCAGCUCGUGCUGUUCCCCGACCGGGGUGGGCAGUGGCGGGUUCAGAGUGUUCCCACAGGACCCCACACCUUCCAGAGCCGGUGA